GAACGUAAUAAUGUGAAGUGUUUUUUUACCUUGUCGAUGGUAUUUUAUUGGGGCGAUUCUGAAAUAAAUAGUCGCCCCAAAGCAUUGGGUUUUGAGAAUUUUUAGGGGUGAUUUGGGCUGCCAUAGGGGCAAAAAAUCACCCCGUCACACAUCACCGAUACUCGCCAGAAAGUAAUUUUGGGGUCGUUAAAGCAACUCUUCCAGAAGACUGACUUUCAAUGAAUCGAGUUGGAUUUGGGUUAGAUUUCACUUCUAGUUUUACAAUAGUUUGAAAAUUCCAUCAAACUAAUCUUCCGCAUGCAGCCCACUCGAUCUCUGCACUGCCUUCGACGCGUCCUAGAUGAUCGAUUAAUUAUUUUGGAGACAUAUUUUGGAUAUCAUAUACAACAGCAAAAUCAGAUCACUAUGUCAGCGGCCACGUACGUGAAAGGUUUCCAUGACGACGAGAGAACAAAGAAGAUGUGUUACCAUGAUCUUGGGGCCACUGGUAUGAAGGUGUCUGUCAUAGGGUUCGGUGCAGCACCCCUUGGGAAGGUCUAUGACGCGGAUCUCACUGAUGAACAGGGCGUGUCCGCUCUUCGACAUGCUCUACGCGGUGGAAUUAACUAUAUCGACACAGCCCCAUAUUAUGGGCAAGGAAAAUCGGAAGCCGUCUUAGGAAAUGCUCUUAAAGAUAUUCCUCGGGAAGCUUACUACAUCGCAACUAAAGUAGGGAGAUAUGAAACAGCUGAUAACCCGGAAGGAAUGUUUGACUUUUCUGCAGAACGAGUCACUCGGGGCGUUGAUGAAAGCCUCAAACUACUGGGACUUGAGUAUGUCGACCUUAUUCAGGUCCAUGACGUGGAGUUUGCUUCAAGCGUAGAUCUUAUCAUAGACGAGACUCUUCCUGCGUUGGAGAAGAUCAGAAAACAGGGCAAGGCUAAGUUCAUUGGUAUAACAGGAUACCCGAUACAAGUUCUAAGAACCAUUGUUGAGCGAAGCAAGGUGAAGAUAGAUACAGUAUUGAGCUAUUGUCAUUUAAGCCUUAAUGACUCUUCACUUCUUCAACAAGCAGCAUUCUUCCAAGAACGAAACGUUGCUCUCAUUUCUGCGUCACCCCUCUCCAUGGCGUUACUCACCGAUAGUGGGCCUCGUUCGUGGCAUAUAGCUAGUGAUGAAAUCAAGAAAGCUUGUCGAGAGGCCGGUGCUUACUGCAGACAGCAUGGCCAUGAUAUAUCAGCAAUCGCCCUGAAAUACAGUAUCUCACAUACGGAUGUUCCACUGACACUGAUAGGAAUGGAUAGUAAAGACCAAGUUGACAAGAAUUUGAAAGCUGUGGAAGAGGGCUCUUCUGAAGAACCAGGACGAUAUUUAUUCACAACAAACCUGAUUAACAGGUUCUUCUCAUCAAUAGAACAGCCAGGAUGGGAAGGAAUAGAAGUCAAACGAUACCGCGAAGCGCUUUCUAGACUCAAUGAAGCGAAGAAAUAAUCACCAUCGAAAAUAACCCCAGCAAUUGACCUAUAAAAGCCCGUAUCAACUUGCGGGAUCCGGCCACCGAUAUUAGAGACUGAGAUUUGCGUAUUAAAUUGCAAUAACAGUAACUUUAAACUAUUAUUAUGUGGCAAACAAUGUGUCUACCGACUUAUUUUCAAAUUAUACACGAUUUCACCUGUUGUCUGACGUUACUUCGAUUUAUUAUUGUUGUUAUUAUUAUCAUUAGUGUUAUACUAAUGCAUCCGUAAACGUAGGCCUAUAUAUCCUACGAAUGCCUAGAGUAUUUCCACUUAUAAACAAUAUGCAAUAUAAUACCUUAAA